CACGCCACCACGCAACUGCCCGUUCCGCCGCCGCCGCCGUCGCCGGCGCCGGCGACAGCCCACACGCACGCGCGGGGGGCGCCCUCCCCGUGUAGCUUGUGCCUAAGCCCGCCGCGUCCAGACAAUCGGUGGGAGGCGGCGCGGUUGUCCCCUCUCCCCGUUUCGGUCGUCCGAGUAUCCAAUUCCAACUACCGAGCAGAAUUCGACGAACCAUUCGUCGGUUCGUCGCCAGCCCAGCAAUCACGAGGGCAAUCCAGCUCACGGCAUCUCGCGCUGUCUUCGUCGCGAAUCGGAGGCCUGGCGAAUUCGGGCUUAGCUGCUUCGUGCGGAGAUAAAUCCUGCAGCAGGUGAGGUGAGGUGGGCGGAAGCCAAGCCGGCCGCCACCGGAGUUGAGGAAUGGGGCUCGCUAGAAGCUUCCAGAACCUUCUCCUCGCGCUGGCCCUGUGCUCCGCCACGGCCAGCGGAGAGGCUUCGAGAAGGUUCUGGGUCGAGAACGACACCUUCUGGAAGGAUGGCGCCCCGUUCCAGAUCGUCGGCGGGGACAUUCACUACUUCCGCAUUGUCCCUGAAUACUGGAAAGAUCGCCUUUUAAGAGCAAAAGCACUAGGCUUGAACACCAUCCAAACGUAUGUUCCUUGGAAUUUGCAUGAGCCUGAACCGCAGAGCUGGGAAUUCAAGGGUUUCACAGAUAUUGAAUCGUAUAUAAGACUUGCUCAUGAAUUAGAUAUGCUGGUCAUGCUUCGUGUAGGUCCAUAUAUCUGUGGAGAAUGGGACUUGGGGGGUUUUCCACCUUGGUUGCUCACCAUAGAACCAGCCAUUGAACUGCGUUCUUCAGAUUCAACCUAUCUUUCCUUGGUGGACAGAUGGUGGGGAGUAUUACUCCCAAGAGUCGCACCACUAUUAUACAGCAAUGGAGGUCCUAUCAUCAUGGUGCAGAUUGAAAAUGAAUUUGGUUCGUUUGGAGAUGACAAGAAUUACCUUCAUUACCUUGUUCAAGUUGCCAGAAGAUAUCUCGGGAAUGAGAUUAUGCUGUAUACAACUGACGGCGGAGCCAUUGGUAACCUAAAGAAUGGAACGAUUCCCCAGGAUGAUGUUUUCGCUGCUGUUGAUUUUGACACUGGUUCCAAUCCAUGGCCAAUAUUUCAAUUGCAGAAGAAAUACAACUUGCCAGGAAAAUCAGCUCCUUUAUGCUCAGAAUUUUACACUGGAUGGCUGACGCACUGGGGUGAAAGCAUUGCAACAACAGAUGCUAGCAGUACAGCUAAAGCUCUUAAAAGAAUUUUGUGCCGCAAUGGUUCUGCUGUACUUUAUAUGGCUCAUGGUGGUACUAAUUUUGGGUUUUACAAUGGUGCAAAUACUGGUGAAAAUGAAUCUGACUACAAGGGAGACAUCACUUCGUAUGACUAUGAUGCACCGAUUAAGGAGUAUGGAGACGUGAAUAAUUCAAAAUACAAAGCACUGAGAAGAGUUAUACAUGAAUGCACUGGCACUCCUCUUCACCCACUGCCUCCUGAUAUCGAAAGAGCUAAUUAUGGGCUUGUAGAAGUACAGAAGGUCGUUUCUCUGUUUGAAAUCAUUGAUAACAUCAGUGAUCCUCUGAAAGUGGCUAUUUCAGAGCAACCUCUGUCUAUGGAACUGAUGGGCCAGAUGUUUGGGUUUCUACUGUACACAUCAGAAUAUCAAGAAAAACAUUCAUAUAGCAUCCUAUCAAUCCCAAAGGUACAUGACAGAGCUCAGGUGUUUGUGUCCUGCUCACGUGGUGUUGUCAGAAAUCCAAGAUAUGUUGGCAUAAUUGAAAGAUGGUUUAAUAAAGCACUACAAAUACCAAAUUUAAGCUGCUCAUCUAAUGUCAGCUUAUAUAUCCUGGUGGAAAACAUGGGUCGAGUAAAUUAUGGACCAUAUAUUUUUGACCAGAAGGGAAUACUAUCUUCUGUUGAAAUAGAUGGUGUUAUUCUCCGUCACUGGAAAAUGUAUCCGAUUUUACUUACUGCACUGAGCAACCUUUCAGAAUUUCAACCACUAAUGCAGAUGACUGGUGAUCAAGCUAGUAAAGUUUCCAUUUAUGGUGAUUCAGAAAAUAUGUUACAUGAUGUAUCCUUCUAUCUAAAUGAAGGGAUUUCAGACGAACCAUCAUUUUAUGAAGGCCAUUUCCAUAUUGACUCUAAGUCUGCAAAAAAGGACACAUUCAUAUCAUUUCGUGGUUGGAAUAAAGGGGUUGCGAUUGUGAACAACUUCAACAUUGGAAGGUUCUGGCCGGCAAGGGGACCACAAUGUGCUCUUUACGUUCCAGCGCCGAUCCUCAAACCUGGAGAUAAUGUCGUUGUGAUCUUUGAACUGCAUAGUCCAAAUCCUGAGCUCACCAUCGAAUUUGUGAAGGAUCCCGAUUUCACAUGCGGCAAGUGAGGUUGCCUUGGAGCAUAGAUUAUUCCCAUUAGGUGUGAUUUGUAUAGGUCGUGUGAUAUUCUUGCCAACUUCCGGCUGCACCUGUGAUUCCACAAAUAUGAUGGACUACUAACAAAAUUGUAUACUGUUCAAGGUUAUGAAUAUGGUACCGACAAAAUUUAGUAACUGCUACUUGCUUUGGACUAAUAUUAAGGGAUGCCACAUGAACACAAGAUACUGUACCAAGUAUAUCCUGUAUAAAUCAGCAUUCAGAUGUUGUUGGUUUUGAGGUGGUGUUUGGGACAAAGAACUUAUUUUUAGUUUCUUGUCCCAUCGAAUGUUUGGACGCUUAUUAUAAAU